CGAAUCAUUAAUCCUAACAACUCCUCCAUGACAAAAUAAUCAUUCAACCUCUCUACACACAAAAGAAACAAGUAAGCAAAGAAAGCAAGAAAGGAUCUCAUUCAUCGAAUCUAAUUAAGAUGGUGAGUCUCUUUUCGUCGAGGAAAGGAAGCAAAGAAAGCAAGAACCCUUAUUCAAACCGGGGACUUGACAAGUUCUCUGCACUUCUCUCUGAGCUAGACGAGAAGAGACAGAACAUUCACGCAAAGAGGGUCGACUCUGAUGGGCCGCCUCUUGUUCGGUUUGUGUUCAAAAGCUCCGGCGAGUGUGUCCCUGUCAUGAUCAAGACAAAGAAGGGACCAAAGAAGAAGGAUGAUGCUCAAGACGAUCUCGUUGUCAAGACCGAGUCAAACACAAAGGAGGAAAAAGAAAUAAAGCCAGAAGCAAGGGAGCAUAAACAGAGAUGCGUAUUGAAAGAGAAUCUGAAGAAGUUUUCACGACCGAACCAUUUUUUGCCGGUGACAGCAAUCUUGGUUCUUAUAUUCUUAGUGUUUUUUGGACGAAGCGUUUCAACCAUGUGCACUUGUAUUGUUUGGUACUUGAUUCCGAUUAUCAAGGAACAAAGUAGAAAGAAAGGUUCAACAUACAAGACCAAAAAGAAGAAUAAGAAGAAAAUGAAUACAGAAAAUGGAGCAUCGCUUAACAAGAAGAUGGCUUGUGACCAAACUGUUCUCAAGGAGAAGUAUCCGCAUGUGGCUGCUCCUUGUAAAACCACCCGGUGA